CAAGUAUUUUGAUGCAUCGUGGAGAGAGCUUCUGUUCUUGUGCUCUCUUAUUUCCCAUCACCAUGCAGGCUGUCCUGAAAUGCUUCUUCUUUGCACUUCUAAAGACAGCUGCUUCUCUGGAGUGCGAAAUCUGUACUGCCAAGGGGACCAAUUGCACUGGCAGUGUGCGGAGCUGUCCUGGGAACAAAGAAACUUGCCUCAUCACACUGACGGAAAGCACCGUAGAUGGAAAGGUGGUUCAGACCGUAGAGAGAAGCUGUGCUUCCACUUUUUGGUGCAAUGCCCCACCACCUUACUUCGAUAUGGGAGGUGGGAGAACCUACAGGUCCAGUUGGGUCUGCUGCACCGGGAAGACCUGCAGACAAGUCACUCCUAAAUUGCCACCGCUAAAGCCUAGAGCCAAUCCAACGCUGAGCCCAUCCACUUCCUCCUGCUCAGGCACUUACAGCACUGAGAUGGCAAAUUGUACCAAGGUGGAAACAAACAGCUUUGGCAGGGCCUCCAAGGAAACCCCCACAGAGAGGCUUUUGAACAGCUGCACUACAAAGUUUGUGUGUGCUUCAGAAAAUAGCGAACACUCUGAGUUUACGGUUGGCUAUGAUGUUGUUCAUAAGAUGGAGCCUUCCAAGGCGUCUCAACCCACUGCUGUCCUCCUGGCAAGCUUCUCUGGGUUCCUGCUGCGGAGAAUCCUGUUAUGGCGGACAAAUGCUUCUCCCCUCCCCCGCCCAUGCCCUCUUCUUUCAGUGAUACCAGUACAGACUCGAUCCAACGGAGUAACAUGUCCUGCCUGCCACGAAUGGAAGGAGUCAUGCAAGACAGAGAUGACCAAUUGCACUGGAAUGGAAACGAGUUGCUUUAAGAUAACCUCACAUGUAGAUACCAAUGGAACCCACAUUGACCGGACCAUGAUGGGCUGCACUACAAAGUACACCUGUGCGGCAAUAGAAAGUGAAACCACAAAUUUCCGUCCCAUGUCCUCUGAAGCUGUCCAGGUGGCUGAAUGCACACCGGACCCUAAUAGGGGAUCUCGAUCCUCCGGCCUCCUCCUGCCAAUCUUUUCUGGGCUCCUGCUGCUGAAGAUCAUCUCGUGAAAGGGACCUGCAUGGGAUUCCAUCUCCUCUGCAUUCAUUUAUGCCUGUCUUUUAUCCACUCGCCACUUUCUCUGAAUGCAGUUUAACCUUUCCAGGAGGAAUUCUCUGUUUUCCUCAGUGAAAAUAAACACCAGGCGUAACAACAGUGA